AUGCGUGGCAGCAAUUCCAGGCUAGCCAUCAACCAUCAGAGCCGCCAUGUGUGCCAAGCACAAUGUUGAGAACUCAGGGAUCAUAUGAUAUAGAAUUGUAUAGAAAGGUCUAUUAUAUACUCUCUCAAACCGCCCAAAUGCUUUCCAACUCAUCGUUCUGAUCAUCAACAUUAUCAAUUUAUCAUCAUCUACUAUUCCCACUCAAUCUCUACUUACCAGUCAACGCCAUAAAAAACCCACCUCAUUGUCAUCUCCCACUUCUCCAAAAACCCACCUGACUUCGCCACGCCACUUCUGUUUCCGAUGGGCAGCCCCGAAGAACCCAGCAAGCCCAUCUCCCUCUACGACUCGUCGUCCACUCCCCUCCUCUCCAAACCCGACGACCCGCCACCUCCUCCCUCCCCCUACUCCGACGAACCCGACUCCGACGCGGCCCAGUACCUCCAGAUCUCCUACAACCACGACUCGCGUCCCUUCAAGGACCUCCCUUUCUCCAUCCUCUUCGUCCUCCUCGUCCUCGCCACCUUCGGCGUCGGAAUCUUCGCCGUCUUCCACCGCAACACCGACUACUCCAGCCUCUCCUCCUACGUAUACGACUCCGAUUCCACCUCCUGCGUCAAGAACGCUUCUUUGACUCAUGGCCUCACCAACUGGGACCCUCUCAGUUCAUCUUCAUCUUUUCUAAAGGGUUUGACAUGGACCCUAGUCGUCACCUUAAUCUUGAGCUUGCCCAUUUGCUUCAGUCUGCUUUGGCUGCUCAAGAAUUAUGCUAAACAAGUCGUCUAUGCUUCUCUCCCGUUCUUCAUUUUGUUUCCGAUUUUUUUCGACGUGUAUUGGUUUGUUGCAUGCACAAUCAGCUCAAGCUGCAGUGAAUCUUUCCCUUUGGUUUACAGAAUUUUGGUCCUGGUGUUUAUUUUGUUAGUAAUUGGAGUGAUUUUGUGGAUAUUUGUGGCGAAUCGGCAUCGAAUUGAGCUUACCAUACAAAUAAUUGGGGUGGCAUCGGAUGCGCUUUCGAGGAAUUUGGGUCUGUUUGGGGUUCUGCCUUUGUUGACUCUCGGGUUGGUGGUGUACUAUGCACCCAUUGUGGUGUUCUUGGUGUUUGCUAGGCUGAAUGGGAAGAUUGCGGCGGAAGAAUCCGAUGAGGUGUAUAGUUGUGUGUGGAAGCAGGAUUCUUGGGUGCCGGCUUAUUAUGCAUUGGCGAUUUUGACAAUGUUGUGGUCUCUGACGGUUAUGGUGGAAUCUCAGGUGUAUGUGAUUAGUGGGACUGUUGCUCAGUGGUACUUCACCAAGGAGGACUCAACUCCAAAGCGGGUUAUUAGAAGUUCUUUGAGAAAUGCCUUUGGCCCAUCCUUUGGCACUGUGUGUCUAUCUGGCUUACUUAUAUGUGUUGUUCGAAUGGUGCGUACAAUUGUUGAUGGUGCAAGAAAAGAGGGUUCAGGCGGGAUACUGAAUCUUAUGUUACGUUGCUGUGUUAAUGCCUUGCUGUCGGCAAUUGAUUUUCUCAACAAGUUCACAAUCAUCUUUGCUGCAAUAACUGGUGAAUCUUACUGUUCAUCUGCAAGGAUGACGUAUGAGCUUCUAAAACGUAAUCUUCUUUCUGCGGUUUUUGUGGAAACCAUCUCCACUCGACUUUUGGCUGGAAUCAUCUUCGUACUCUCAGCACUAUAUGCAAUUGUGGCAUGCGCUAUCUUAAAGGCCGUGAGCAAUCUUGGGGUUGAUGCGUACUUUGUGGCUGCAUUGGCCUGGGUGCUGCUGAUCUUGGUACUGGGUUUCUUUGUCCACGUGCUGGAUAAUGUGAUAGAUACUGUGUACGUGUGCUACGCCAUAGAUAGGGACAGAGGGGAAGUUUGUAAACAAGACGUUCAUGAAGUUUACGUUAACUUACCAAUUAGUAGAAAUCAUAGACCUUCAUCUAUGAUCACCAGAACUCUGGGUGUAUAGAAUAAUCCUUUGAAUUGCAGUCGUGUUGUUGUUGGUCUGUCAUUCGUUCUGUAUCAAGUAUUCAGUUAGAAGUGCCUGCCGGCAAUUUGUGCAUACCUUUUGAGUGUUGCCUUGUACAUUUUUGAGGAUUUACAAUAAAGAGUUUUCAGGCAAGUUUGCACA